AUGGUAGACCUCACUCAGCCAAUCGUACCCGCACCAGGUGGCUAUGUGGUAGACCUCGAGAACCCACAACGACGAGGUGAAGCCACCAUUCUCUGGAUUGGGAUCGUGGGAACGGCCAUUUCCACUUGUUUGUUGGCCGUUCGAGUGUACACCAAAGUUAUGUUAGUCAAGAAAGUGUCAUCUGAUGACUGUUGUCUGCUCCUUGCAUGGAUCUUCGCCAUGCCUGUACAGUCACUCAUCAUUUAUAGGGCUCCAGCAGGUCUGAUUGGCGUACAUGCCUGGGAACUUACCGGCCAUCAACUGAACACUAUCGCGAGAAUAACGCUGACAACCACCUUACUGUACUCGCCAGCUCUCGCCUUCGCAAAGUUGUCAUUCCUUUGUCUCUAUCUGAACUUGAGCCCCGCACGCGGCUUCCGCGCUGGGGUCUACUUCACCAUAUUCGUCGUCGUCGGAUCCUGUGUCGGCAUCGUCGUCUCUUUGCUUGCAGCAUGCAGGCCGUUUGCGAAGAACAUCGAUGUCACCGUCACAGAAGGACAGUGCUUGAACAAAGCGGCGUUGUACAUCGCUACUGGAGUGCUGAACAUCAUCACGGACAUCAUGGUCAUCAUCCUGCCAAUACCCAUGGUUUUGAGACUGCAGAUGUCGAAGGAGCGAAAGAUUAUGGUGAUAGGAAUCUUCAGCGCCGGUUCGGUUACAUGUGUGACAAGUGCGGUGCGCGUCGCAUUACUUCCUCCAAUGUUGACUUCGAAAGACGCUUCCUGGGACACUGUGUAUCCGAGUCUGUGGAUCCUUAUCGAAGCCAGCCUCAUCAUCAUCACCGGUUCUCUCCCAACCCUGCGGCUGUUCGUCAGGCACGUCGCCCCCUCUUUGAUCGGCACUUCCGAAGCAACUCGACCAUCCGCGACGCGCCAGGACUAUAGAUUGGAACUACAAGGACACGGAAUGGCUGAUGCGUAUGAUAGUGAAGAUGGUGCGUCUGAGAGGGAGAUACUCGGCACAGCAAAUGACAAUGGUGACAUGAGAGGGUCGUCUUGGAACUCGGAGCACAAACGCUGCAACAAACAGCAGGUGCGUGGCUUGGAGAAUGAGCCUUGA